GCGUGCGUGGGCUGGAUCGGUGGAACACUGCAGGGUUGGGGCUUCAGCGGCCUGCGAGCGUCCCCGAGAGGUCAAAGGUCUCCGGAGCCAGUCCCGGGAGGCCUCUUUGUUCGCCGCCGCAGGCCAGGGGGCGGGGUCGCGGAAGUGGGUCAGCCCCGCCCCGCCGCGCGCCGGCCACGCCUCCGCGCACGUGGGCGGAGGACUGCGGACUGGGAAACGUGGCGACCAAUCGGCGCGCGCGGCGCCAGCGCGCGGCAGGAGGCGGAGCCGCGGUAGGCCCAGCCCCCAGCUCAUGAAUAUGCGGCAUGGCCACCCCCUCUGCGGUCUCGGAUUGGCCCGCGCAGCGCAGGGGGCGGCAUCAGGGGGCGGGGCCUGGCAGCGGAGUAUAUAGGUCCGGGCUCGCGGGCGCCCCCCUUCACUCGCACGUUAGGAGGCUCGUGUCGUUGCCGCGUUCCGGUUUUCCGUGCCGCCAUGGCGUCGGACGAGGGCAAGCUGUUCGUGGGCGGCCUGAGCUUCGACACGAACGAGCGGUCGCUGGAGCAGGUGUUCUCCAAGUACGGGCAGAUCGCGGAAGUGGUGGUCGUGAAAGACCGGGAGACGCAGCGCUCGCGGGGCUUCGGCUUCGUCACCUUCGAGAACGUCGACGACGCCAAGGACGCCAUGAUGGCCAUGAACGGCAAGUCCGUGGACGGGCGGCAGAUCCGCGUGGACCAGGCCGGCAAGGCGGCGGACGGCCGCUCCCGAGGGUACCGAGGAGGCCCCGCCGGGGGCCGGGGCUUCUUCCGCGGGGGCCGCGGCCGCGGGCCGUCCAGAGGAGGCGGGGACCGCGGCUACGGGGGCAGCCGGUUCGAGUCCCGGAGCGGGGGCUACGGAGGCUCGAGGGACUACUACGGCAGCCGGAGCCAGGGCGGCGGCUACGGGGACCGGAGCUCGGGCGGCUCCUACAGAGACGGCUACGACAGCUACGCUGCCCACGAGUAAAGUCCUGCUCGAGACGUCCCGCCCGCGGCUCUGAGGAUUGCGGAGCCCCGCCCGGCCGUCCCGUGUGGCGCACGCCCCUCCCGUGCGCACCGCGGCGGCCGCGGCUCCGCUGGCCCGGGACCGGCUGUGCGGGGUCGCGGCUCUGCUGGCCGCCCUGGGCCCUGGCCGGUGUUUUUCCUCCAGAAACAGCCGGGGUGGCGUGGGUGUUCGGGUCUCACUUCCUCGAGUUUUGCUUUUUGGUUUUUGUUUUUGGGGUUUUGUACGGCUCUCUGCUCCUUUGGAACGCGGCGUCCACUCAGGGCGGCCGGCUGCGGCUUUCCCAGCCCCGUGGAGUGUGGUGUGGUGGACGCCACGCGGGGCGGCCCCCGUGGGGCUCUGAAGACUGUGCCGCGGCGGCCGUGCGGCUGUACGCGGUUCCCCUGGCUCACGAAGCCGAUUAAAGCCCGUGUGACACCUUCCCCACGCUCCCGUUGAUUGCGCACACUCGCGGGGCGCGCGCGCGGCCGGAGCGAGGAGGGCCAGGGCCUGGGCAGCUCGGGGGGCCAGCGCCCAGCGCCCAGCGCCCAGCGCGGUGCCCGGGGCGGGGCGGGGCGGAGCAGGGCGGCGGAGUGGCGACCUGGGCGCCGCAGGGGCUCGGCCGUCCCUUGAGGCCCACGGACGCCGCGGCCUGGAGGACGGAGCGCUGCGCCCGGCACCGCCGCGCCCUGGCUGGCCCCCGUGGACGCGGCCCUGUAGCUCGAGGUAACCGCUGCUGGCGCCCCCUCGAGCCCCCUGAGGCAGCACCCCAGGGGCUUCCUGCGGCUGGUUUCCGCCUUUUCCUUUUUUCCUUUUUUCAAAUGUUUUAAAUGAAGCCGGCGUGGAGUCUGGCCCGGCUGUCGCCCCCCCCCCCCCCCGCCUGCAGCGACCCGGAAGAGCUUGGAGACCCGAACCUGGCCCCCAGGUCCUUGUUGGAGGACAGUCUGACAGGCCGAGCCGAGCUCUCAGGCCGGUGGACACCACACCAGUCUGAGCAGCCCCGGCCCAGUGGGCGGUGCUGGCCCUGGCCACGCCCUCCCAGGCCCGGCCCAGGCGGCCCCCGACAGCCUGGAGACCCCUGGGAGCGUGGGCGGUGUGGGCGGGGCGCUCCGGGGCCGGGGGUCACGGUCCUGUGCUUGGCAGGUUGAAGGGGACCCCGCCGGGGCGCGGGGCGCGGGCACGGUGAGCAGUUUCCAGGACCCCACGAGCCGCUGGCCCACCGGGACCCGAUCUGGAGCCGCGACACAGGCGCCUGACCCCAGGCUGGAGCCGCCGGGUGCUUCCAGGAGCGGCUUCCCCUGCGGGCUCCGCGCGGGGCCCCCAGCGCCCCUGGCGCCCGUGGAGUCGGAUUUGAAUAAAGGCGCUCGUGUGCACCCA